GUUUCAGUGUUUGCUUCUGUUGCAUUUGCCAAGGCGCGACAUUGAUCGCAGUUGGAUGGAGACGGCUUCCGUGAACCAACAGCAAGUCGUGCUUCCCUCAUCCGGCACUUUGUUCAAGUGGACUAACUACAUAAAUGGAUGGAGAGAAAGGUAUUUUGAAAUCAAACAUGGACAACUCGUUUACUACAUGAGCAAAGCGGAUCAAGCGUCCGGUUGCCGCGGGAGCAUCUCCUUGAAGAGUCUUGAGAUCACUCUGCAUGAGUUCAAUGACUGCGAAUUCUCCGUUUCUGUUGGAGCAGACGUUACUUGGUAUUUAAGAGCAGAAAAUCCCAAAAAUCGAUCAUUGUGGAUAAAAGCAAUGGAAAAUGGCUCUAACGAUUCUGACUAUAGCAGUAACGCUACAAAAACGCACUCGAGGAACACAUCAUUAUCAUCAAUGAAACUGGACGAAAAGACUGAGGAGCAGAAUGCCAUCAUAUCCCGAAUAGCUGAAUUAGAAGCUUAUCGUACAAUGUAUCGGGAACAAAUGGCAUCGAUUCGAAGAGAACUGCAGCAGAUGGGGAUUGAGCAAGCGAAAAUUCUAUCCAUCAAUGCGACUCACGUCGCCAUGUUAGACAAUAUCAACCACAUUAUUCAGCUUGCAAAAAACGAGAGAGUUACCGAUGAUAUGCAAGGCGAUUGGGCUCCAUGCACUCCUAUGUCUCCAACCACGCCUUCUCCUCAUCCCGUUACUGAUGAAUGUGAAUCCACAUCGCGUGAAACUACUUUACGACUUGAUACAGCGCUGCAAUCAGUGAACGACCUUACAAGUGACUGCGGUGAUGAGUGGCAUGACGCGGAUGAGCAUUCAUCGCUUUCUAUUGACAGCGCUGAAGAAGCAACAGAGCGACGGACACCAAGUACUCCCGCACCCGCAAUUAUUGAGCCGACACCGCUCCCUACAAUUGCUGAAAUCCAGCCAGAAUACAAGAGGGCUCUUCCUUUCGGAGACUAUGACAACAUCUCUAUCCCUGUAUCUCACGAAUACUAUAAGCUUUUGGAUGCGUUAGUAACAGACCAGUUGAAGUAUGCGCUCGCUGGAGUGGAAAAUAAUGUUUGGACCUUAUUCGCCGAGGAUGGGGCUAUGAAAAUGUAUACUCGGGAAGAGACUGUUGAUGGAGGAUUACCGGUAGAUCCCCUGAAAGCAGUUCAUGAAGUACAGGGAGUUACUGCACUCGAGUAUAUGCACUAUUUCUACGACGAAAAGUACAAAAUGGAGUGGGACCACACUAUAAAUGGUAUGGAUGUCGUGGAAAAAAUCAGCCAUGAUACGAUGGUUCUUCACCAAAAGCACAAAACGGUAUGGCCAGCCGCUGCACGAGAAUCUCUAUUUGUUUCUCACAUACGCCGCGUGGAUGGAAUGAAGACAGAAGACGCCUACGAUCUCUAUAUUGUAUGCAAUAAAGAUGUGAUUCGAUCAGAUGUGCCGGCCACAGCUUCAUCGGGUGUUCGCGUUGGCCUGACUGUAUCCAUGAUUUGCCAGACAGUCAUAAAAAACGGCAAAACCUUAGGUCAGCUUUCGCGAGAUGAUGUCAUAUGUAAAAUAAUAUACGUCUCACAAGUUCAUCCUGGUGGAUGGGUGCCAACUGCUGCGUUACGACACGUGUAUAGAAGAGAGUAUCCAAAGUUCCUCCGUAAUUUCACUGAUUACGUGGUAAAGAAUGUAAAGAAGGAAGUCAAUGUUGGGACCGCGUUCAUCACAGCUAUGAAUUACUAUGCUAAGGAAGUGCUGAUACCGAUAUCAGUGGUGCGAGAUCCCAAAAUAUCCAUCGCCAUUGUGGUUGUUGUCCAGAAUUCUGCUAACAAAGAGCAAUACGAGCAAGCUCAGGAUACUGUAGAGUGUUAUGCUGCAUAUCACAAAUACAAUUACCACUAUGUGAAUGUUGAAGACAACAGUUCUUUGUCGCUCUCGUGUCCGCAAAAAGACUUCAUGUUUCAACGGCAUUGUGUGGUUGCUCAAUUGCUGAGUUCAUGGCAGGAAGAAUGGCUGCUGUUUCUCGAUGCUGAUAUGGCUGUGGUCAAUCCUAAUCAUCUCAUAGAAGAGUAUAUUCCUGCUAUUUCUGAUAUUCACGUUAUAUUUUAUAACAGGAUCUUCAACCACGAAGUUAUGGCAGGCUCUUACCUUCUUCGAAACUCUGAUAUCUCACAUAAGUUUCUGAUGCUCUGGAGCAACUACGAAUUUGCGCUUCCUAACAGCUUCCAUGGCUCAGAUAACGGAGCAAUUCAUAGUGUCAUCGCGUCUUUCGAACUUCCUGAGAUGAAGGGUCCUCGAGAAAAAUGCGAGCAAAUAUGGGCCAUCUCUAAGGAUUAUAAUUCGUUGUCUAUCUAUGAAGUAUGCAUGCAAUUGAUCCUAAAGUCGAAUAAGUUGAAGCACGUGUUGGUGCUAGAUAAGAACUCUGGAGCUUGGGCUAGAGAUGGAUGGCUCACCAAUUCAGCUUGGUGCGACAACGACUUCAUAUUGCAUGGAUGGCAGAAGAGAAGAAGGGAUCGCAUGCGGUUUGCUAGAUGGCACUCACCUUUGGUGGAGAGGACGUGGAACAAAUCUCUUUGCCAAACGCCGAAGUCUUUUCACAACUGGAGAUACAAAGAUAGCUUUAUCGAAUCUAAUGAAGCUAUUAGGAAAAGGUUGGCCAAAGUCAUAAAGGAAGUUGAGUACGACUUCCAAACAAUAAAGGCAGCUUUAUGAUCCCAUUUUACCAAUGCACUUACCUCUAACUCAUAAUUUUGUAUCCUUGUCCUCAGUUUCUUGGUUCGUUGAUCACUUGCAAAUGACUUCCCGACUGCUGCAUCGUUCAUGAAGCGGAAUGCGUGAAACUGACAAGUUAGCUCCACAGCAGGUGCUGAGCAGUUUCCUCCUCCUAGCAUGGUCAGCACAUAGAAAAAUUCCCGAAAUUAUAUGAAACCUGAAAUCGAAACUGCUGGUUCGCUCGCUUUUCGAAACUGUGCAUUUUCUCGCUUAUUAAUGAGUAUAGUCCUACUUUUCAAAAAAAAAAUCUUUUCGAACUCGAUGACCAAUUGCUUGAUGAUUGUAGCGCAAUUGUAAACCGUAGACUUUGCGUUUUUUAUGAAACCUCUGCAUUCUGUAUAUAGUUACUCACUCAAGAGCACUGUAACCUUAUCAUAUUUCCUUCUACCUCGAUCUCACUCUAUCUACUUACAGUUACUUCCAAAAUGCCUUACCCCAACGAGACCACUUACUGAGUAGGUAAUGACUUGUGAAAGUUUCAUUUUUAUAGUGUCCUCCCAUCGAAAUGAUUGUAUGCAUAAUUCUUCAAUCCUAUCGCAUAGUAUUAUAUUAAUAUGAUCCUGAUGAAAAUAUUGACAUUUUGUUACAAUUCUAUUCCACACUAAUCCCAAUGUCGCUUUUGUUGAAAUAUCCAUUUAACAUACUGUAUUUAUCGUUUGUAUUUAUUCAGCUUUUACAUCUGGU